UGUCGGCAGCCUGUUGAGGGCUGCAAGAGGAGAGCAGUUUUGCAACCUUGGUGGUGAACCAGCAUCACUCCACCAUGACCAAAGAGGAGGAGAUCCCUGACGCGGUCAGAUAUAAAGAGGAGUUCUACGACAAGUAUGACCCCAAGGAGAUUCUGGGAAGGGGAGUGAGCAGUGUGGUGCGCCGCUGCAUCGACAAACUGACGUCUCAGGAGUACGCAGUGAAGAUCAUCGACAUCACCCCCUCGGAUAAGACGACUCCGCAGGAGAUCGAGGAGAUCAGAGAGGCGACGACGAAGGAGAUCGACAUCCUCAAGAAAGUCUGCGGACAGAACAACAUCAUUCAGCUCAAAGACUGCUAUGAGUCCAAAGCCUUCUUCUUCUUGGUUUUUGACCUGAUGAAGAGGGGUGAACUUUUUGACUACCUCACAGAGAGAGUUACUCUGAGUGAGAAGGAAACCAGGAAGAUCAUGCGUUCUCUGCUGGAGGUGGUCCAGUUUCUCCAUGCUCAGAACAUCGUCCACCGGGACCUGAAGCCUGAGAACAUCCUUUUAGAUGACAACGUGAACAUCAAACUCACCGACUUUGGCUUCGCUGUGCAAAUGCAGGGGGCACAGAAGCUCAAAGAGGUGUGUGGGACCCCUGGUUACCUCGCUCCUGAGAUCAUCGAGUGCUCCAUGGACGCUGGACAUGAAGGAUAUGGGACUGCUGUGGACAUAUGGAGCUCAGGGGUCAUCAUGUACACGCUGCUUGCAGGCUCUCCGCCCUUUUGGCACAGGAAACAGAUGCUGAUGCUGCGUAUGAUCUUGGCCGGGACAUACGACUUCUCGUCACCAGAAUGGGGCGACCGCUCGGACACUGUCAAAGAUUUGAUCGCUCGGAUGCUGGUGGUGGACCCAAAGCAGCGUUACACAGCCACAGAUGUUCUCAACCACUCCUUCUUUUCACAGUAUGUGGUGGAUGAAGUGCGACAGUUCAGUCCAUACAGGCGCUUCAAGGUCAUUUGCAUGACUGUGCUCGCCACAAUGAGGAUCUACUGCAACUACCGCCGUGCCAAGCCCGUCACCAAGGAGGUGAUCAAGAGCGACCCAUACUCUGUCAAGCCCAUCCGCAAGCUCAUCGACGCCUGUGCGUUCAAGAUCUACGGCCACUGGGUCAAGAAGGGCCAAACUCAGAACAGAGCAGCACUUUUCGAGAACACUCCCAAGGCCAUCCUGCUGUCGAUAGCCGGGGAGGCAGAUGAGUCGAUCCACCACAUCUGGUAA